AUGGCUCCUCGGAGAGAGACCAGUAUUGAUGUAAGAAAAUUUAUAUUAAGGUUAUUUAAGAAAGGGAAAUCUUAUCGUGAAAUAGCUGAAAUUGUCGGUAGAAGCCACUCGUGUGUACAGAAAAUCAUUGGAAGAUUUAAAAGCGAUGGAUUAAUUGAAAAUAAAAGUGGAAGAAGAAGGAAAAGUUUUCUGAGUGAUGUAGCCAAAAGGAAAAUUUUGAAAGAUAUCAAGAUUGAUCCUAAACUAAGUACAGUCAAACUAGCUGCAGAAACUUCUCGAAUAAUAUGCAGAAGUGUAAGUGCUGAAACUGUGAGAAAUGUGAUUAGACAUGCUGGAUAUAGCAGUCGAGUAGCUAGAAAGAAACCAUUUAUAAGCUUACAAAAUCAGAAAAAGCGUUUGGAGUUUGCAAAAACUCAUCAAUUGAAGGCAGAUAAAUUUUGGAAGAAAGUUAUAUUUAGUGAAGAAAAUUCAACAUUUUGGAAGUGA